AUGUAUGGGGUGUUGAUGGGUGCUAUAGACAUGCCUUUGGUUGGCUCUUCUUCUCUGUUACCUACUGAAAUAAUGGCAGUGAUCGUUGAUGGCCUGAGUGGAUGGUUUGGUAGAGGAUGUGCGCUCUUUUCUGUGAGCUAUCUGCAAAAUGAGGAAGUCAGGCGUAAUUUUCAAGUUCUGCCCAACUGUCACAGCGGAUGUGAAUUUCAUGAUUCUGAUGCUCUUCAUCGCCACUCUUCCUCUCUCUUGGAUUUGAUGGCAAGCAAAUUGAGUUUUGUAAAAUUGAAUCUUGGUAUUAAGUUUUGUGGUGUUUGGGUUGCUGGCAAGGAACUGGAACUAUCACAGCUUGAAUCGGAGCAUCCACAUGUGUUGAUGGUGCUGCUAGUCAAGGGAUUGAGCUGGAAUGACUGGUAUGGUCUUGAUUUGUUCAUGCACUUAUGGCCAGACAGGGCGGGAAGAGAACAUGAAGGUUCGGACUAUGACACUGCAACUCCCAGCGGAAGUGUGGAAGCAAAGGCCACCAGGACUAAUGAUUCUCAAGUUGUUUCAGAUUUUAUAAAGACUAACAUCUUUGCAAGGUUUGGAAUGCCAAGAGCAAUUAUUAGUGAUGGAGGGACACAUUUUUGCAACAAGACCAUAGCUGCUUUGUUCAAGAAGUAUAACGUCACACAUAGGGUCUCUAUGCCCUAUCAUCCUCAGACAAGUGGACAAGCGAAAGUUUCUAACCGUCAGAUCAAGCAGAUUUCGGAGAAGACUGUGAGCACUAACAAGAAGGAUUGGAGCAAACGCCUUAAUGAUGCUUUAUGGGCUUAUAGGACAGCUUUUAAAACGCCAAUAGGGAUGUCACCUUUCAAGAUUGUGUAUGGUAAGGCAUGUCAUUUGCCUGUGGAGCUUAAACAUAGAGCAUGGUGGGCCUUGAAGACGUUGAACAUGUCCAUGAGUGAUGCUGGAGUGUUGAGGAAACUCCAAAUGAAUGAAUUGGAAGAGUUUAGGAAUGAUGCUUAUGAGAGUUCACAGAUUUACAAGGAGAAGACUAAGGCUUAUCAUGAUAAGAUGCUUCGUGGCAAGACCUUUGUUGUGGGACAAAAAAUUAGAAGUGAAGCAACUGGCAACGAGUUUAAGGUGAAUGGCCAUAGCUUGAAGCCAUAUUAUGAGGCGUUUAGGGAGACAACUGUGGAGGAAGAAGACCUUCACAGUUGGGGGAAAAGAAUUCAUGAAGAAGCCGGUCAUCAAUCAACUGGUGGAAGCCAUUUUUUCUCCCAUAGAGGUCACCACCUCACCUUGCCCAACUGGAGACUGGUCAAGAGGGCACUGGUCAACUUUCUCUAA